AUGGUUCAAAAUGCUCGUCAAGGCCAGGCACUGGUUCGGGUCGUGACAAGAAUUGGAGCUGAGGGUGAAGAUGAUAGGAUUCAACUACUACUCCCUAAAGUUAAGGGAAAAGAUAUGACUGAGCUGAUUGCUUCUGGCGGAGAAAAGUUGGCUUCAGUACCUUCUGGUGGCGUUGUUCCCCUUGAACGUAAUUUAGGAGGUUUUUUGUCUAUGUACAUAUUUUGUUUGAACUUAGAUUUUCCAUGGCAAACUGUCGAAAUUAUUUUGGAAAAUGAUCAUCUCUCUAAGAUUAUCGCUGCUUACUUGUUGGCCAUUUUGGGUGGCAACACCAGCCCUACUGAUAAGGAUUUGAAGAAAAUCCUUGCUACUGGGCCAAGAGAAUUUACAGGUGUUGUGAAUCUUAUUUCUCACUUCAAGUUAUGGCCUCAACACGAGUUCUUCUGCAAGAAUCCACUGUCAAUUUUCGAUACACACUACCUUCACAAUGUGGUGGGAAACACAGAGAGUAGGAAAUGGAAAGAGAUGCAGUUGGAUCAACAUGCGUCGUCUUUAAAAGAGACAAAUUUGUGCAUUCAACCAUUUGACUUAAAUGCUCUUAGAGAAGCUUUUCGACUACGUGAAACAACUCCAAUUGAACAGCCUCCCUCUGAAAAAGAGAUCCCCAUUGUAGCUGGAAAGUCUAAAAGUGAGUCGAAAGACAAGGAGAAAAAGCAUAAGAAGCACAAGGAUAAAGACAAAGAGCAUAAGAAGCACAAACACCGUCAUAAAGAUCGAUGUAAAGACAAGGAUAAAGAGAAAAAGAAAGAUAGAACUGGCCAUCAUGAUUCUGGUGCUGACCUUUCAAGUGGAUGGAGGACCUAG